GGGUGGGGGAGACCCUGGAGGCAGGAGAUGUCAACUUCCUCUGCUCUGGAAUGUAAAGCAAGGGACGUUUGGAGAGAGGUACCGAGAGAGGGGCAUGAGUUUAGGGCAACGCAUUCCUUCCAGAGGGUUAGGGUAGAGAUUGGCCGUGCUGGAAAGGUCUGCAGGCAUGCCAAUAAGAAAUGGCAGAGGGAGGGCACACUGUGCUCUGUUCACUGUCAACUCAAUGAAGCACUGUUUAUGAGCAGACAAAGAGGGUGGAAGGUCACAACCACACAUGCAGACAUGCCUUUGCCCAGUAGUAGCCAGUCCUGCCCUGUUCUUGAUCAGGAGAGGGUGGACAUGGUGGGCUGGGGAAGGGGAUUGUCCUGGAGCGCAAAGCACGGUGUUGAAAAGAGGAGAAGAUUCAGUCUGAACCCUUGAGGGAUAAGUUUACAGGAGAGAUUGGCUGGUGAAUGACAAUCAUGGCUCAGGUGCUACAUAUGGACUCCAGUUUUCCAGGGAAGAUUAAUGCUCCGGCUCCCCCAGUACAUGGAAAGGAACAAGAGGCUCCGUACUCGGUAGAGACCCCAUAUGGCUAUCGUCUGGACCUGGACUUUCUCAAGUACGUCAAUGAUAUUGAAAAAGGCAACACUAUUAAGAAGGUGCCGGUACAGCGCCGCCCUCGGUAUGGCUCACUUCCACGUGGCUACAGCUACACUGGAUCCUGGUGGACUUCCACUGAGUCGCUGUGCUCCAAUGCCAGCGUGGACAGCCGUCACUCAUCGUACUCCUACUGCGCGCCAGGCUUCCACAGCACACAUCGGCCCAACUUCAGUACAGCACGCGUGGAGAAAACCUUGUUGGAUGCUCGCCGUAAGUUGGAAGAGGAAAAAGAUGGCCGUCAGUUCUCUAACCUCGGCAGCAUGCACAACAGCGUGGCCGGCUCCAACACCUCCUUGUCCAGUGCGCACAGUUUCAAUCGCGCUCAGGGUAGCUCCUACACACCAAUAAGCUCUGGCUUGUCAACACCCGUCUCACCCACACCCGCCCAUUUGCAGCACGUACGGGAGCAGAUGGCUAUCGCCCUACGGAAAAUCCGAGAGUUGGAGGAGCAGGUGAAGACAAUCCCGGUGCUUCAAGUGAAGAUCUCAGUGCUUCAGGAGGAGAAGAGGCAGCUUAGUGUACAGCUCAAAAGCCAGAAGUUCCUGGGUCACACGCUGGGGUUCGGCCGGAGCCGUCCGCGUGGAGAGCUCUACAUUGACAUACCAGAGGAGGAGGUGGCAAAUGGUGGCCCAAACAAAGCUGCAGGAAGCCUUUCACCUACUACCCCAGGGUCUCUCCAGGACUCUGGCUGUGAAAUUGAGGAGACGGUAAUUGUUGGUGGAGCUCGUCCAAGUGCAAGAAAAGAAGUGCGAACUGUAGGUGUGGGGCCAGAGGUGGAGGAGAGGGGCUGUCGUCAUGUAAGUGUGGAGGUUCGGGAGGAGGACUUGGGGUUGCUUCCUGAAACCGAAGCCCUAAAGACUAAGGUGGGGUUAUUGGAAGUUCAGCUAAGGAAGACUGUGCAGGAGCUCCAGAGUGCUCAGCAGCAAGUGGAAGCUUCUAAGAAAGAGAAGCAGGCUCUUCACCCUCAGGUUGACCAUGCAGUGAAAGCCACCAGUCUGGGCUGGCAGGAGCAGCAUGGUCAGGCUGGUGCAGGCUUGCACACUGUUGUCAGUUUUACCCAGCAGCCACAUCAGCAGAGGACAGUGGGGAUUCAAGUGUACACUUUGGAGCAGCCCACAGUUGUGGGUGUGGGGUCACUGCUGAAAGCCCAGAGCUGCAGUUCUCCUGCUCAACCUGUGUCUGUAGGCACACUGGAGGGUUCCCGUCGGAGACCUGUAGAGUCCCUAAUAACAGAAGAAUCACCACGCGAGUUUCCCAUUGCAAUAAGCUCCAAGCAGGUGCGAGAGGUAUUGAGGAGUGAGGUUUCCAAAUCAGUUCCAGUGACCAACCAGGCAACUGCCAUGGAGACAAAGUGCAACCAAGUGCCUCCUGUCUGCCAGCGGCUAAAAGAGGGAGAGAUUAACCAGAAACCAGCCGAAGACGACGUCCAAAAAGAUGCAACGAAACCAGCCUCCCCUCAAUCCACCCUGAGGUCAAUCAUGAAGAGAAAGGCAGAUGGAGAACCCGGCUCGCCCUACACCAAAAAGAACCUGCAGUUCAUAGGAGUCAAUGGAGGUUACGAGUCGACAUCUUCCGAAGAGAGCAGUUCGGAAAGUUCAGAAGAGGAAAGCGAUGCGAGCGAGUACCACGAGGCUACAGAGAAACUCCCUGAAUCUGCAGCACAGGUGAACUCCUGUAGCAUUGCUACAACAGCUACCCUAACAUCUCAACACAGCACUGCCCAGUCACCAGCCAAUGAAACUGCACCACAACAGAGCACCAGCCAAUCGCAUUCCACGGAUGCUGCCAACCAGCAACAGGUUACCCAAUCACCAGCAACAGAGUUGAACACACAGCACUGUGUAAGCCAAUCACCCGUUACUGCCGCGGCUCAUCCGGAGAGUGCCGUUCGGUCCACUGCCACUUCUCUUCAGCAGAACUCUGCCCAGUUACCAGCCACCAGCAAUGUAGCCAAACAAGCCGUUGUUCAAUCCAAAGCCACUGAUUCAAACGUUCACCAAAGGCCCGCCCAGCAAGAGGUGUCAGGCUUUGCUGGUCCGCAGGUAACCACUCAAUCGCAAUUCACUGAUGCCAAACCUCAGCAAGACCCAAGCCAAUCAAAAACCACUGACCUCACUGCCCAGCAAACAGCUACACGAUCCACUGAUGCCUCGACGAAACAGGAAACAGCCAUAUCCUCCACCACUGAUGCGGCUGGGAAACCCUGCGCUAUUCCAGCUAGCAAACCGGAGUUGAGCAGCAGUCUCAUGGCAGUUCUUCGUAUCUUGCAGAAAGCUCUUAGUGAACCAAAUGCAUUUAGCCAUCAAGACGCGAGGACGGCCUACACGACAGUGUUACAGGAGUGGCUGAGAGUGUCCUGUCAUAAAGCUGCUGACACUGCGGUGGUCAAGGCGCACAUGGACACCUUUGCCUCCAUUUCCCCACAGCUACUGGAGUUUGUUAUUAACAUGGCGGACGGCAAUGGAAACACAGCCCUGCAUUAUACUGUCUCGCACUCGAACUUUCCUGUAGUCAAACUGCUGCUGGAUACUGGUCUCUGUAAUGCUGAUAAGCAGAACAAGGCGGGUUACACAGCAAUCAUGUUGACAGCACUGGCUGCCUUUAAUUCCGACAGUGACCUUCAAACCGUCCUACAGCUCCUCCGCACCGGAGACGUCAAUGCCAAAGCCAGCCAGGCAGGACAGACGGCGCUGAUGCUGGCGGUCAGUCAUGGCAGAGGUGAUAUGGUGAAAGCUCUGCUGUCUUGUGGAGCGCAGGUGAACCUGCGUGAUGAUGAUGGAUCCACAGCGCUCAUGUGUGCCUGUGAACAUGGACAUGUGGAUAUCGUACGCCAGCUGCUCUCGGUGCCGGGCUGUGACGCCACACUCACUGAUAAUGAUGGCAGCACGGCUCUAUCUAUUGCACUGGAGGCCAGUCAGAAUGACAUCGCCGUGCUUCUGUACGCACACCUCAAUUUUGCUAAGCCGCCUUCCCCUGUGUCACCAAAGUCUCCAAUGUUGGGAUCUUCUCCUCCCUCUUCAUAAAUGAAGUGACCCUUUCAUUAAAUGGAUGUCAAAAAUUUGAUGUCACCUCUUCCAGCGGAUUUCUUCGUCCAUUCCUGUGUGUGUGUGUGUGUGUGUGUGUGUGUGUCUAUAUACAUAUGUGUAAUAUGUAUAUCAUGUUACUUUUUUGCAUAUUUUAAGCUUGCGUGACAUUAGAAGUGCACUCUUAACAAGAAUCUUAAGACUUGUCUAAAAAUUAGCACUUGACACCGUUGAUUUUUUUAUUGUUGUUUUCUGUGUUCUUCUCAUCUGAAUAGAUGAGUUUUAAAUUAUAACAACAAGCGUGUAACAGCAAUAUCAUUUAUCUAUCAAUCUAUUUCUUGCGAUGAAACGUUGGACGUUAAGUGUCACAUUACAUAGUAAAAUGAUGCAAAUGCAUUUACUGUACUUUAGACAAUCCAUCAACGUUUGAAACUGAAAUCAUCAUCCAGUGUCACACAGUAACCGAUUACGUACCUUGAUCAAGUGUCCUUUCGUGGUUUUUACUGUUCACAAUUAAAUAAGGUUUUUAAUUUCCAAUCUGUAUAGACAUCAUAGUGCAUAUAAGUGCACUCACACCAGCUGUUUUUGAUAGACUUUACAUCCUAAUUUUUAGUAUGUGAUUGUAUACUAGGUUUGAUUAUACUGUGCAGUUGUCUCUUCUCUUGGAGAUUUAUAAUGUUAACUUUCACAAGCAGUAAAACACUUACUUUGCUUUGUUUUUACUGAAUGUAUAUUGUCAGACAUCAACCUGCUUCAGAAAGUGUUUAUAUUUAAAUGCCCGGCUUGUUUUUUUGUGUAAAUUGUAUAGAUUUUAUAGGUAUCAAAGGAUAGCAUAGAUUAUUUCACAGUUGAUGUCAAUGUAGUUUUUUGAUGGUGUUCUUUGUGUAUCCUGACUGGUAUAGAGGACUGCGUAGUUUUGCCAUUUGUGAUGAUUUUAAAACAGCAUUUACAGUAAUUUAGUGUACUUCAGAGUAGAAACAAUGACAUACAUUGGACUUUGGUCGAACAAGGGCUCUCAGAAGACAUUAUACACUAGUCAACAUUUGAAGUCUUAAAAGUUUGAUUUGUCUUUGAUUCACUUUUUUGAUCCACUUCAGUUGUUGACUAGUGAAUAAAUAUGAGAGCAUUUUAAUCUCACUGUUUUUUUUUUGUGUGUGUGUGAUUACCAGUUGCAAUGAUACAUAGCCAUUAAAGGUAAAAUGAAGGUACGUGAAUCCUGAAGUUUCUUUGGUGAAUGAGACCAGACGUCGUCUAUCAAGUGGACUUAGCUUGGUAUAACUGAUAUGCACAGUUUGGUACGGGUUCACUGAGUGCGGAAAAUCAUUUGAUUUGGUUCUUUUAUGCUCGGUAGCUAGUGGUUUUAAGGUCCAGAAUGUGUGUGGAAAGGUCUAUGACGAAUGUAAGAUGUUUUCCAAAAUGAAAAUAAUAUAUAAAUGUAUCAUCUCCAAAGGUUUGGUGCAAAGACUAUAGAAUUUUCUAGCUAUUUUAACUGCACAAGUUUUAACAUUUUAAAUGGAAGAGCUUUUUUAAUUUGAAUUUGAGUUUUUUCACUUUAUACACAUGCUUUCUUAUAACCAGUUUAGUAACAAAUUAAUUUGAUACUCUUUUGUAUUUGAUUUAUUUAACUCUCUUUGAAUAUCUUUGUAAUAUCUGUUCACAGCGUAUGUAUAUCUUUUGGCACAUUUGCCUGCCUUGUACCUUACAAUAUGUACAGAGCUCACAUUGAAAGUUGGUUGUUUGUUCCUUCCAUUUUUAAAAAAAAUAAACAAUUAAAGAAU